AUGAAUUUUUCCCUUUUCAAUCUUAUUUUCUUCCUUUCCCUCGUAAAUGGCUUUGAGAAGACCCUCGAGAAACGCGAUCUUCUCUACUGGAAUCGAACUUACAACGGCUGGAGAAACCAGAAAAUUUCCCAGAAGCGCCCGAAAAAUAACAAGAAACGAUUUCUUCAAGCCAUGAUGAGAGCUUCUCCUGUGCGGAGAAAUUCUAGUAGCUGA